GGAGGAAGAAAGCAGUAGUUUAAUUGUGAAGAGCUGCUGGAUGUAAAAUACAGAACUGGAUCUUUUGGGGGAAGGAAGGUUCUUGUGAUGUGUGGUAGAGCUGCUAGGGAGAUAGGGGCAGGUUUUAAUUUCUAGAAGGAGGUGUGUAGUAAUUCAGACUAGCACAGGGGAAAAAUACUAUUUGUUCUUAAACCUGUAUUAAUUCUGUUUGGGAAGGAGAAGAUUGAUCUUGUCCAUGGAAAGGGAAUGUCACUUUGCUUGUGCUCAGAUACAUCUGUAGUAUAUUUCCACUUUCUCAUAGAAAUUAAUCAUUGUCUACCAAGCCAAAGGGACAGUUUGGUGCAUAUGUGUCAGUUAAGGGACAGUUUGGUGCAUGUGUGAGUAGGGAGAGGUCGAGAUAGCGAUGUAAGCUUAGCUAUUAAGCCACAUUAAUAUUUAUGGAUUCAUGUUUAUGACAUAAUCAUGAAAAAGAAUGUAAAACAUGUUGCUGACCUACACAGCAAGUGAUUGAAGGAGAACAGAAAAGCACCAAUCCGUUGAUAACAAAAUGGGAAAUACAACUACUAAAUUCCGCAAAGCACUCAUAAAUGGAGAUGAAAAUUUGGCCUGUCAAAUAUAUGAGGGUAACCCUCAACUAAAAGAAUCCCUGGAUCCUAAUAUUUCUUAUGGUGAGCCCUACCAGCAUAAUACUCCAUUACACUAUGCUGCUAGGCAUGGGAUGCACCGAAUAUUAGGGACUUUUCUUUUCGUUAGAGAUGGCAACCCAAAUAAACGAAAUGUGCACAAUGAGACGUCUAUGCACUUGCUUUGUAUGGGACCUCAGAUUAUGAUAUCUGAUGGAGCUCUUCAACCUCGCUUGGCACGACCCUUUGAGGAUGAUUUUAGAAGAGCGGAUUGUCUGCAGAUGAUCCUGAAAUGGAAAGGAGCAAAGCUUGACCAAGGCGAAUAUGAAAGAGCAGCUAUUGAUGCUGUUGAUAAUAAAAAAAAUACACCUUUACACUAUGCUGCUGCCUCAGGGAUGAAAACCUGUGUAGAGCUUCUAGUAAAACAUGGUGGAGACCUGUUUGCCGAAAAUGAAAACAAAGAUACUCCCUGUGAUUGUGCAGAGAAGCAGCACCACAAAGAGUUAGCGCUUAAUCUGGAAUCCCAGAUGGUGUUUUCGCGAGAUCCCGAAGCUGAAAGCAUUGAAGCAGAAUAUGCCGCUUUAGACAAAAGAGAGACAUAUGAAGGACUAAGACCUCAGGAUCUGAGAAGGUUGAAGGAUAUGCUGAUAGUAGAAUCUGCUGACAUGCUUCAAGCCCCACUGUUUACUGCAGAAGCUUUGCUUCGAGCGCAUGACUGGGACAGGGAGAAGUUACUUGAAGCCUGGAUGUCUAAUCCAGAGAACUGCUGCCAACGCUCAGGUGUUCAAAUGCCAACUCCACCUCCAAGUGGCUAUAAUGCCUGGGACACCCUUCCUUCACCAAGAACUCCUCGGACGACUCGUUCUUCUAUCACUUCUCCAGAUGAAAUCAGCCUGUCACCGGGGGACAUUGAGACAACUAUGUGUGAAAUUUGUAUGUGUAAUAUUUCUGUAUUUGAAGACCCAGUGGAUAUGCCUUGUGGACAUGAGUUUUGUAGAGCAUGUUGGGAAGCGUUUUUGAAUAUGAAAAUUCAAGAGGGUGAAGCCCACAAUAUUUUCUGCCCAGCAUAUGAUUGCUUCCAGCUUGUUCCAGUGGAGAUCAUAGAAAGUGUGGUUUCCAAGGAGAUGGAUAAACGUUACCUACAAUUUGACAUUAAGGCUUUUGUUGAAAAUAAUCCUUCUAUAAAAUGGUGUCCUACACCAGCCUGUGAAAGAGCAGUCAGACUAACAAGACAAGGAUCAAAUACAUCAGGUUCAGAAGCACUUAGUUUCCCAUUGCUAAGAGCCCCUGCAGUGGAUUGUGGGAAAGGGCAUCUCUUCUGCUGGGAGUGUCUUGGUGAAGCACAUGAACCUUGUGACUGUGAAACAUGGAAAAACUGGCUGCAGAAGAUUACGGAAAUGAAGCCCGAAGAGCUUGUGGGAGUUAGUGAGGCUUAUGAAGAUGCUGCCAACUGCUUAUGGUUACUGACAAACUCCAAACCUUGCGCCAAUUGUAAAUCUCCAAUUCAGAAGAAUGAAGGCUGCAACCAUAUGCAGUGUGCAAAGUGUAAAUAUGACUUCUGUUGGAUUUGCUUGGAAGAAUGGAAAAAACACAGCUCUUCCACUGGAGGUUAUUACAGAUGCACUCGCUAUGAAGUCAUUCAGCAUGUGGAGGAGCAGUCAAAGGAAAUGACAGCAGAGGCUGAAAAGAAACACAAAAGAUUUCAAGAACUUGAUAGAUUUAUGCACUAUUACACAAGGUUUAAGAAUCAUGAACUCAGCUAUCAAUUAGAACAGCGCCUUCUUAAAACAGCCAAAGAAAAGAUGGAGCAGCUGAGUAGAGCUCUCAGUGGAACUGAAGGAGGUUGUCCAGAUACCACAUUUAUUGAAGAUGCAGUACAAGAACUCCUCAAAACCCGUCGCAUCCUGAAGUGUUCUUACCCAUAUGGAUUCUUUUUAGAACCCAAAAGCACAAAGAAAGAAAUAUUUGAGCUUAUGCAGACAGACCUUGAAAUGGUCACAGAGGACCUUGCUCAAAAAGUGAACAGGCCUUACCUUCGUACUCCCCGUCAUAAAAUUAUCCGUGCAGCCUGCCUUGUACAGCAGAAGAGGCAAGAGUUCUUGGCCUCUGUGGCCCGUGGAGUGGCUCCUGCAGAUUCUCCAGAAGCUCCAAGGCGCAGCUUUGCUGGCGGAACAUGGGAUUGGGAAUAUUUAGGAUUUGCAUCCCCAGAGUUCAUGCCUCUAGUAUCAAAGGCACUAACCAAGGAAUAUGCUGAAUUUCAGUAUCGGAGGAGGCACAGACAGCGCCGACGUGGAGACAUGCACAGCCUGCUUAGCAAUGCUCCAGAGCCUGAUGAUCCUAGUGAGAGCACAUUAGACACUCAAGAAGCUGGCAAUAACAGAAGACAUGGCAAUUCCAUGGUGAGUUCAGCUUCAAUGAGCAUUCUUCACAGCUCUUCUCUUCAUGACUAUACCCCUGUCAGUCACUCUGAAAACCAAGAUUCUCUGCAGGCUCUGAGUUCCUUGGAUGAAGAUGACCCAAACAUCCUGCUUGCUAUUCAGUUAUCAUUACAAGAAUCUGGCUUGGUUAUUGAUGAGGAAACACGAGACUUUCUGACUAAUGAAGCUUCCUUGGGAGCUAUAGGUACUUCUUUGCCUACCAGGUUGGACUCUGGCCCCAUAAAUAUAGAUAAUCCGAGAGCUGCUCUAAGUAGCUCUGAGCUUUUAGAACUUGGAGAUAGCCUGAUGAAACUAAGUGCAGACAGUGAUCCCUUUUCAGCUGACCAUCUUAGUUCUCAGACCUUCAGUGAUGCACGAAGUGGAUUAUAUUCAACUUCUAGUGAAGCUGAUUCAAGUAGCCAAGAUCCCAAUCUAAAUGAAAAUCUCCUUGGAAAUAUUAUGGCCUGGUUCCAUGACAUGAAUCCUCAGAGUAUUGCACUUAUCCCUUCAGCAAGUACAGAAACAGAUGAUGAUUUGCAGCAACCCAGUACUGAAGAGGGGUUAGUGGAGCAACCACAUCUUCCUGGUGUAAGGCAGGACCCUCUGGAGGAACAUGCACUUUUUGAGGAUGCGCUCAAAAAUGAAGGCAGAGGCACCCAAACAGAAGAGACUGCUGCUGCCAGGGACAUUCUUCCGGGAGAAGCAGUGCCACAAAGUGGGGACUCUACUGGGGAGGCAACUAACCAAGUUGAUACUUUAGGAGAUGUUUCAAGUCAGACAUCUCAAACCUCCACUGAGUGGACUGAACAUGUACAUUUGGUGUGACUAUUUAAAAAAAAAAAUCUGAACACAGAAAUUGUGUAAGAAGCCUAAAUGGCUAGGCAGUUGCCAGAGGUACACUAUGUGGAGUCAGCAUUCUGGAGAUUUUGGCCCACGUAAGCAGAGCUCAGUUGUUUACCUGUGGUGUUGAGAGAUGGAAUACAUAGGAGUUCCCUUGAAGUUCUUUAUGAUUAUUAUAUGAACCUUUCAGGGAAUUUCCAUUGCAUUUGACAAAAAGUGUCUUGCUUGCUUUGAAGAGAGAGGAAUAAAUAGUUUGUACUCCACAUUCCUAAAACAAUGCAGCAUCUAUUUAGCCUUAGGCUGUUGAUCCUUAACUUGAAAGUAUGGAUUAAAAGCUAUUGAGAGUAAUUUGGGUUAUUGAUCCUAAAGGGGGGGGAAUCCUCCCCCCCUUAUUUUAAUUAUCUUUUAACAGAACAAUGUUUAGCAGUAUUUUUUUAGUGUAUGUGUGUAUGUAUGUGAAUAUAUAUAUAUAUAUAUAUAUAUAUAUGCAUGCACACAUACACAUCUUGCUUUUCCAUAGCCUUUCUGCAACUAACCUCUAACUAGCAGUGUGAAUUGAGGUAUAUGAUACUUCUAUUUAGUGCUGCUUCACAAACCAAGGAGUGGGAUAUUAUUUUCUAAUUAAAAUCAAAGGGUUUUUUUAGGUCUAUUGGCAGUACAGACGUGCCAAACUGUGAAUAGCAAACCAACUUCAACACAAAGUAUACAGUGUUUCUCUUUUAAAGCUAGCCCAUAAUUCUUAGAGAUGGAAAGACCACUUGAAAGCAUUGCUUUUUCAUAUUUAAUUGGCAUUCAUUGCCAUAGUGACUGCAUUAAUACAACCUGUACCUUACGUUAAUUAAGUGGAUGAGAACAGUUAUUUUAACAUUGAAAUACAGUUAGCAGCAACUAUGCUGUAUUGAAAGGACACUUUAAUGGAAGUGCAAUCAUAGUUGUUUGUUUUUCAUAAUUAACAAUGCAUUCUGUGCACUAAUGGUGCAGUUGCUUUUAAUGGUACCAUAUAAAAUAAAUAUGAAAUGUCCUUAAGUUAGAGUCAGUCCCAUAAUAAAGUUUUAAUAAUAUAUAUUACAUGCAACAUGUUACUGUGCCUUUGCCUAACCCAAAUAAAUAGUUGCCACAGUUAAAUGAGUAAUUAAGUUCAGUUAUCUGUUCUGGAGUUACUAUGCUAUGAAUUGCAAAGACCUCCAUAAAAACCACUCAUGGCCUUGCCUUUACAGUAAAUAAUUACAUAGGGUACAAUUCUUCCCCACAAGGGUAGAGCACCAGCCACAGAGCCCUGUUUCCCCCCUUCCCCACCAUGGCAUGUACAUCGGAGUGCUCUGGUAUACGGGCAAUCGCAGUUAUAUAUUAAUGUCUUACCCUCAUUCAGCCCUCCUACUCCACUCCAUCGGGUUACAUUAGCUCCAACUUACAUAAUUUGACUGAUGGAUGGGAACAGUGGAAGUGUGCACAAGCUUCCCAUUCCCAGACGGCUGCUGUGCCUCCUGCAUGCACAUGCUGAGGAGAGGAAAGAGGCAAAAUGGGACUCUGUAGAGGGAGCCUUCAGUGUGCAGAUCCCUCUGAGUGCAGACACUGUGCCCAAGCAGGGAAGUAUCGUACCGAAUUGUUCAAAGUUUUUAUAUAGAUAACAAACACUACUGUGUACUCUUUCAAUUGCACAAUAUUCAUUUGGUGUGUGGCUGCUGUUUAAUGUAAAAGGAAGAAAAAAAGACCUUCCCUAGUGGUGUCCUACUGUGAAGAAAAUUCUUGUUGAGAUUGGCUUAAAAGCAUCAAAACCUCAUUGUAAGUUACAGUGAUGCAGUUUGUAAUUUUAACUAGAAGAAAUUGUUUAAAUUACUGUUUUGCUUGCAUAUAAUCAAAGCCUAGAAUAACACAAGCAAAAUAAGUGAAACGCUCCAUUUUUACAUUUGACUUGAUAUGAGAGAUAUCUGAUAUAAAGGUUUCUUGCUACUGAGUGUGUAUAGUAAAGUAUUAUGAUGGCAAAUAAGGUUGUCUGUAUAUUGAUUAUUGUGAGUUAUAAGAAAAAGUGUUUUAACUCUCCUUCAUUCAAAGAUUAAUGUUGGAAUCUUGCAGUCCCUGUGGCUCAUAAUACUAAACAACUACAUAUUAAUUAUUUAUUCCAGAAUUCCCAAACAAAUUUGUUUCUUCUAAAAGUUUCUUUAGAAGGAUUAGUCCGCCGCUCUGUUACUGUAUUCUGUAGAUCCAUUACGUUUUCUAGCUUGGCUUCUAACUACCCUAUCCUGAAAGUAUUGAUGCUGAACACUUUCCCCAAGCUUGGAACAUUAUCUAUUUAAACACCUGUCUGGUAUAAAAUCCUCUUAACCUAAAAUAGGACUUGAAGAUUCUGUCCUCAUUAAUUGGUCUUAUACGUAAAUUAAUUUGAGACGCACAUUCAGCUUCCCUUAUAAUUUCCAAAUAGGAUGAAUCUCACACAGAUUUUGUGUAUUGCAUUAAGAUGUCUUGCAAAGCUAAGAUAAGAUAUGUACGAGUGCUCUCUGUGAUGAUAGUGAAGUUUGUGGGUUCUGGUUUUUCUGUAGCUUGGUUUUAGAUUGUGCCGUAUAUUCCAUUGUUUCUGUGUUAACUUUAUUCUGAGCAUGAAAUUUAGCAUAUUAAAUUUGUUUUUUCUUGGUACUUAUUUAAAGUGUAAGACCACCCCAGUAAUUGAAUUUACAAUUCAGAAAGAAAGUUUGGCAAGCCUAUUUUGUAAACCAAUUAAUUUUAUAAUGUAAAAAAAAAAAUACUCUAAUCUUGAAAAUGCUAUUUGCACUUUCAUAGUCUAUACUUGAUACAUUCCCACUUUAUAUACAGUAGGAUAUUACACCCAUGUAGAUGUUUGGCCAAAUGAAUGCUGUUAAUAAUAUGUAAAAUUCUUUGAUUAAACAUUUAUUACUUUAAACUAAU